CUGGGGAGCAACACAGCCGCCUUGGGUUGCAGGCACUCCUGUCCAAGUCGCAGUGGGACGCCAUGGAGCGCUCCCUGCACCGCGUCUCCCUCGGGAGCCGGCGUGCCCACCCGGACUUGUCCUUCUACCUCGCCACCUUUGGUCAGCUGAGGCUGUCCAUUGAUGCCCAGGACCGGGUUCUGCUGCUUCACAUUAUAGAAGGUAAAGGCCUGAUCAGCAAACAGCCUGGCGCCUGUGAUCCGUAUGUAAAGAUUUCUUUGAUCCCUGAAGAUGAUAGACUACACCAUCAGAAGACGCAGACUGUUCCAGACUGCAGAGACCCAGCUUUCCACGAGCACUUCUUCCUUCCUGUCCGAGAGGAGGAUGAUCAGAAGCGUCUCUUGGUUACUGUGUGGAACAGGGCCAGCCAGUCCAGACAGAGUGGACUCAUUGGCUGCAUGAGCUUUGGGAUGAAGUCUCUCCUGACUCCAGACAAGGAGAUCAGUGGUUGGUACUACCUCCUAGGGGAGCAUCUGGGCCGGACCAAGCACCUGAAGGUGGCCAGGCGGCGACUGCGGCCGCUGCGAGACCCACUGCUGAGAAUGCCAGGAGGUGGGGAUGCUGAGAAUGGGAAGAAACUAAAGAUCACCAUUCCGAGGGGAAAGGACGGCUUUGGCUUCACCAUCUGCUGUGACUCUCCAGUCCGAGUCCAGGCCGUGGAUUCUGGGGGUCCGGCAGAACGGGCAGGGCUGCAGCAGCUGGACACGGUGCUGCAGCUGAACGAGAGGCCUGUGGAGCACUGGAAAUGUGUGGAGCUGGCCCACGAGAUCCGGAGCUGCCCCAGUGAGAUCAUCCUACUCGUGUGGCGCAUGGUCCCCCAGGUCAAGCCAGGACCAGAUGGCGGGGUCCUGCGGCGGGCCUCCUGCAAGUCAACACAUGACCUCCAGUCACCCCCCAACAAACGGGAGAAGAACUGUACCCAUGGGGCCCAGGCACGGCCAGAGCAGCGCCACAGCUGCCACCUGGUAUGUGACAGCUCUGAUGGGCUGCUGCUUGGCGGCUGGGAGCGCUACACCGAGGUGGCCAAGCGCGGAGGCCAGCACACCCUGCCUGCACUGUCCCGUGCCACUGCCCCCACUGACCCCAACUACAUCAUCCUGGCCCCGCUGAAUCCUGGGAGCCAGCUGCUCCGGCCUGUGUACCAGGAGGAUACCAUCCCUGAAGAAUCAGGGAGUCCCAGUAAAGGGAAGUCCUACACGGGCCUGGGGAAGAAGUCACGGCUGAUGAAGACAGUGCAGACCAUGAAGGGCCACGGGAACUACCAAAACUGCCCAGUCGUGAGGCCGCAUGCCACACACUCAAGCUACGGCACCUAUGUCACCCUGGCCCCCAAAGUCCUGGUGUUCCCCGUCUUUGUUCAGCCUCUAGAUCUCUGUAACCCUGCCCGGACCCUCCUGCUGUCAGAGGAGCUGCUGCUGUACGAAGGGAGGAACAAGGCUGCCCAGGUGACACUGUUUGCCUAUUCGGACCUGCUGCUCUUCACCAAGGAGGACGAGCCUGGCCGCUGCGACGUCCUGAGGAACCCCCUCUACCUCCAGAGUGUGAAGCUGCAGGAAGGUUCUUCAGAAGACCUGAAAUUCUGCGUGCUCUAUCUAGCAGAGAAGGCAGAGUGCUUAUUCACUUUGGAAGCGCACUCGCAGGAGCAGAAGAAGAGAGUGUGCUGGUGCCUGUCGGAGAACAUCGCCAAGCAGCAACAGCUGGCAGCGUCGUCCCCGGACAGCAAGAAACUCCACCCUUUCGGCUCUCUCCAGCAGGAGAUGGGGCCGGUCAACUCAACCAAUGCCACCCAGGAUAGAAGCUUUACCUCAUCAGGACAGACUCUGAUUGGCUGAGCAAACCCAAGGGCGGGACUCUGCUUCUGGCAACUUAACCCUUUCUUGGGCAUCCCCUACCACACAGUAACCUCACCUCAACUGGACCCGAAACAGAGGACCAAGAUGGUGGGCCUAGGGUCAUCUGAAGGGAGCGGUCCCAAGGGUGUGUCAACAGAAGGACCACAGUGGUGUGAGAGGCCUUGUGGGUAUGCAGAGACUGGCAGCAGAAAGCCCCAAGAGGAGAGGACUCAGAGGCUUCUUCCUUCCAAGGAGGAGGAGGAGGAGGACAUUCCAUGUCUGGGCUUCCAGUGAUGGCUCCUGGACCUGCCUUGGGGGCAGCAGGAGAGGUUGGGAGAGGUCACCCUGAUGAAGAACAAUGCCAUGAUCUGCUGCUGCCAGAGGACAUCUCUGCCCAUUCACUCAUUUUCCACCUGUACACAUUGACUCCUUCAUUCGAUGGAUAUGUCGGGUGCAUCUACUUUAUGCCAGGCUCUGUGCUAGGAGCUGGGUAUACUGUGGAGAAAAAGUCGGAUACGGUCUCGCUGUCAUCAAGAUUUCAGUCCAGCUGGGAGUGAGCAUUAAAUAAGUCAGCACCAACACACACACAUGCACACACGUGAUGGCAAGCUGUGAUCAUCUAUGAAGGAAAAAGCACAGAUUUCUUCAAGAGGGAAUUGUACUUAGAUUGCUGUGUGUCGGGGUGGGGAUGGGGAAAGACAUAACUUUUAAACCUAGACUUGUGGGCUGGAGAGGAAGGAGCCAGUCCUGGACUUGGGGAAGAGUGUUCCUGGUAGAUGGAAUAGCACGUGGAGAGUCCUUGAGAUGGGAAGGAGCUCGUCGGGCUGGAGGAAUGGCGAGCAGGCCGGUGUGACUGGAGCUUAGUGAGGGGCAAGACACAGUGGGUGAGGGCCUGACUGUGCAGGGUUUGGUGGUUGAUGUCUUGUUGAUUUCAUUCUAGAUACACUGGGGAGCCAUUGAAGGCUUUUGAGGAAGGGAGUUGCAGGUACAUUUCUACAAGAUCAGUUUACACAUAGGAGGGACCCAAGUGGGUGUGAGAUCAGUUAGAGGGCUCGUUCAGUUAACCAGGUGAGGUCUGUCCUGCUGGCUUGUCCUGGAUGGUGGCUGGGGAGGUGGGUGCCUGAAUGCCAGGCUCUGGAGGAGAAGAGAUGACUCCCUGCCUCAUCCCCCUGCCUACCCUCCUCCUCAAUGGCCCCUCUCUCAGUGGAUGUGAGGAUUAGGACCUUCCUCACAGAGCCACCUUUUGGCCAGGCCUGGGUAGGGGGCCAGUGCUGAGUUCUAGGAAUGUUCCUGGAAGUUGGGAGCAGUGAGUGCUCAGCCUGGGCUAGGUGGGAGAGUUCACGGCUGCCCAGGCCUUAGCAGGGGCCACUGUGCUGUCUUUCCAUCCUAUGCUGAGCAUUGUGAUAGAAGCUGCCACACAGUGCCCUGGAAACUGACUUGGCUUGCUUUCUGUGGGGCUCCCAAGGGCCAGGGACUGGGCUGGAGGUGGCCUGGCAGCUCUAGUGGAGACUGUCCUGCCACAGGGCUGAAGGAAGACCAACCAAGGGGACAGCAGUUUGAGCCCACCCCAAUGACUGCCUGCUGCACGGCUCAUGGGCAAAAGUGUAUCAAGAGGAUUAGAGUCACUUGCAUAGGAAAAGAGGAUCAGAGAGGCUGAGGGCUGGCUCAGGCCAGAGAGGCUGCCUGACCUUGGACAUUCUUCGUGUUGUGUAAGACCUCAGCAUCUUUAGAGAAAGGUUCUUGUGCCCCUGUGAGCUUGCUCAGCUGCUAUGGCCACUUGAACCCCAAAAAUAGUGGCCUUGAAGAGAAUACACCCCUUACCUCCCACUUAUCCUCCUCUCAACCUAGAAAAGAUCAGACAUACUGACUCAGCAGUCUAAUAGGGGAUGGGCUGGAUCUGCCCGUGACCAGACCAAUGCCCCCCACCCAGCAGGGGAGUAGAUGCUGCCUGGACUGGGACCAGUGAUACACAGCAUCUCUGUCCUCCAGGGCUCAGCCGGCCGGCGGGGAAUUGUGAGAGGCUGAGCAGCUGGGUCUGCACAGACAGCAAGCUGCACUUUGAUUUCAUUUGAUUCGCUUACAAAAUGACAUAAGGGGAAUGUGAGGCACAGGAGACUCGCCUGUCUGGGAAGGCAGCAAGCUCGUCUCUCCUGGACCUGGUGACCUACCUGUGUCUACCAGACAGGUGCAGAGGACAGAAGCUCUGACCACAAAGAAAUGGACAAUCUGAAUGCAGCACACAGCCCUGGGGACAGGACUUUUCACGCAGCCUGUCCUGACAAGCUGCUGAGUUGAGCAGAUGCUCACAUCAGGGUCCCAGGCCCAGCUGUUAGGGAAGCAGACAUCAGUUCCUGGUGGGCCUUGGGCAGUGACUGUGGUGAGCCAUAGCACCAUUGCUGCUCUGCCUCUCAAAUCGAUGGAACAAUUAAUUUGGCUCCACAGGCUCAAGAAGAUGAAACAUGACCUGAUGGCCACUGCUGUCCAGCAUCCCAGUCCAUCCUAGCUGUCCAGGAUGAUGAACAAGCUAUCGAAAUUGCACUUGAGAGCUAUAGUCACGGGAAGCAUUGCCGAGCCCCUCCCUACUACAUAAAUCAUGCUAAGAAGCACACAAUGGCCUCUUUCCUGAUGGGCCAAUUGUCUUGGUUUGGUGUCUCAGGCCCAGGAGCUGGGAGGAUGGGAGCACAACCAUUUAUUGUUGGAAAGACCAUCUGUGCAACUUGAAUACAAAGUUAUUCUUUAGUUCACCACUCACCCCCGACUCUCUGAUCCUAUUUUCACGUUUGUUUGUUUGUUUUUUUAAUGCCUCAGGCUCUGGGUCUUUUAAAACUCUUCAUUUAUCCUGUAAGCCAUCAGUCCUGGAUCUCUGCUGACCUGGGUCUUUUGGCCAUUUGGGAGUUUGGACUUUGCAGACCUUUUGGAAAUAAUGACAUUUAUUUAUAUAUGUCUUAUAUUUUUAUUCUUUAUUUUUUUCCCCAUAAAUUCUCCCACCAAAGUCCUCAUUUGUCACACUUGGCACCAAGGCACCAAGAGGGUUUUGCAAAGUGAAGAUGCAGGCAGUUUUGCAAUGUGGAAGGACUCCGCACAGCGAAAGCCCCACAGUGAGAGCCUGAACUUUGGAGACAGCAACUGGGGUCCCCAAGCAUGAUCUCCCCUCAGCCUCCCAGCAGCCUUGUUUUAUGGGUGAAAGAGACCAAGGCUCUGAGAAGUUAGAUGUUUUAUCCUAGGUCGCACAGCUGCCAAGGGCCAAGCUUGCCCUCAAGCCGAGGCCUUUGAACCUCAUCUACCGCUCAUUUCAGAUAAAAAGGUUUGCCUUUUAGGGAUAGAAGUAAGAGAAAUCAAUCAUCUCCAGGAAGAGGCAAGAGAGGGAUAUCCGGCAUGUCAGAAGCUGUGGCCCAUCAAGCUGUAGAGGGGAUGCUUUUAGGAUAAAUAAAAUGAGAUGCCUUAAUUUCCACCCAGUGGAGGAUAAACUUCCAGAAUGCAUUUUCCUGAGGGUGGCACAGGCUGAAAAGAUCAAUAGCUUCCCACAAGAUUUGAAAAAAGCCUAAAAGGAGAGAUCAGAUUGAGCUCCUUAAGACAGGUUCUCAGGGAGCUCUGGAAUGGGUAGCUUACACCCCUUCCCCUUUUGAAUUUGGCAUCAAAAGGAUCAGCAGACAGAGUCCUGAAGUGCUUGGCAGUGAUGGAAGGUUGGCCAAAGGCAGAGAGGUAUAACUUCAGGCUCAGGGUGGCUUGUGCCCAGCGUAAGUACUGGAAGGAGGCCUUUGACCUGAGACCAGCUGAGGGUAGGGAGACAGCCUGCCCAUGCUGAACCUGCCAGGUUUUGUGCCCAGGUUUUGCUAAUUGACUGAUUUAGAAUCUCAGCCCUGAAUAACAGGGAAUCGGAUCUGAUUUCAGCCAUCUCCCCCAAGAGAUGCAGACUCUUCUCCCUAAAAAGCUGUUUCCAGGCAGCUUCCAGCUCUCCUCCCAGUUCCCUGCUGCUGCCCUAUUGCUGGACAGACUGCCUUCUUCACUGUCUUGCUCUUGGUCUCAGCUGUCUUGCUAUUGUUUUUUUUAGCUCCUGAAGAAGACGGUGCAACCUUACCCUCUAUCCUGUCUUUGCCUUCUCUUCCCUGAAGACUUUCUCUCAAUAGAGCCAUCCAUCCUCCAAACUGUUCCCAGAUCCUUGGUUUUAAAGGUAGAAUGAUACCAGAAGGUAAUCUGACGGGCUCUUACAAGAGGAGCCAGGCACAGGGCCAAGCUUUUCACCUACCCUGUCUCAUCUAAUCCUCAUGCAGACUUAUGAGAUGUGUUAUCCCUGUUAUACAUUUACUCUCACUAUGCCCAAUUUAGAGAUGAAGAUGCUGAGUCUCAGAGAAGUUAAGAAACGUGCCCAAGGUCACACAGCUAGUGGGUGGCUAGGAUUGAAACUUGGGCAGCCCAGCUCCAGGGCACCUGCUUUGGAUUAUUUAGCUAUACAACUUUCCUGUAAGUGCGGACCAUCCAAGUUGGGAGGGCCAGGGAGGCUGGGCUGUUACAUUCCUGCUUAAAGACCACUGUGGGAGGCCACUGUCUUCAGAAUAAAGCUUGGCUUUCCAGGCUCUCCUUGGUAGCACUACACUCCUGCUUUGCACCUGGAGCCCAGCCACACCGCACUAUUUCCCCUUCUCCAAACUCACUGUGUACAUUCACAGUUAGGGUGUUUGAUCUGCCUGAGGUUGACUGCCCUCCUUGGCUGUCCCCGCCGGAUGUAAUCCUCAACCUUCGAGGCUUAAUGGCUCCUCUGAGAACACCUUUCUCAGGCACGCAUCAGGAGUCCUGACUUCCCCCUUCGUGGUUCCCAGAGUACUUUAUCUGCCUUAGCACAAUUCAUCCUUAGCACCUGGAUGACUAUGAGCUUCCUUCUUGGGAGCAAGUGGAUGUUAUAUUUUAUUUGUCUUUGGUUCUAUUGUUGUCUGGUCCAUAGUAGGUGCUCCGUAGAGUUAGGAUUGAAUUAGGCUGUCCAGUUCAACUCUCCUAUAUUCUAGAACUAGACGAGGAAACAGGUGCAAAAAGAGAAAUGACCUGGCCAGGAUCAUGAGAAAGGUUACUGUCAGAGCCAGGACCAGAGCUCAGGUCUCCUGAUUCUUUGGAUUCAGAGCUUUUUCUGUUGCACCUCAGCUUUGUGGAGACCAGAGCAUGGAUCUACACUUGGUUUAUGAAGGUCUGACCUGUUUCACUUCAGGGUCGUGGAUACCACCGUGUUCCCACGCUGACACUGGGGAAUUCCCAGAGGGAAAGGAAACCCAGUUGGAGCCGCUGCUGUGGGUUGCAGAGCUUACUCACCGGGCCCCUUGCUCACAGAGAAAACCAGCGGGCGAUUCUGAAAAUCUUGCCUUGAGUCCUGAUUUUGCUGGUACUUGCCAUGUGACCUUGAGCAAAUUGCUUCACAUCUCUGAUCAUCCAUUCCUUUACCAAGAAAAAUGAGGGAGUUGAAUUCAGAUGGUCUCCAGGAGUCAUCUGAUUCCAGAAUAUCAGGAUAUAACAGUAAAGAUGAGUAUGAUAAAGUAGCUACUCCCCUCAGAAAAGGUGGAGAUCCUGGUCUAGGGGGAGAAUUGGCUAGGUUCUUCAUCACAGUCACUGUCUGGAGACACACAGGUGUUUCAUAGAAACAGUUCCAUGAGGGAUUUCAGAGGGGAGAAUGGGCAGACUGCAAAGCCUCAGUACUCUAAUACCAGGUGAAAAGAAGGAACAGGCAUUUUAGUUUUCACAUUGAAACGGAGUAUAUGUGUUUGGCCCUAUGCAAAUGUUGUUCCUGGUGAAUAUUCAUCAAGUACUCAUCACACAUAGGUAUAUUUUAGACAGAAAGGGGUCCUCAUCACAGACACCCAAAUUAUGAGCACAUGCCUCCUCUCCCCUAGAGGUGCCUCUUCCAGCCUCCCUCGUGGGAGGCCAGCACAAGACGGGCUCUCCAACCCUGUAUCUUCCCAUUCCCUCCUUCCUUUCUGCUCAGGUGGCUGGGCACACACACUGAACUCUUUUGUUUCAACUUCACGUAUAUAUAGGUUGGUGCAAAAGUAAUUGUGGUGUUUUCCAUUAAAAGUAAUGAUGAGAACUGCAAUUACUUUGGCACUAGCCGAAUAUGUAUGCAAGUACAUUCUUUAACCUUUGCAACUCCCAGUCCAAGGCAUCAGGCUAAUUUCUGUGUGGAAUUUGUGGUCACUGGUUUGCAGUCCUUUCAUUUCUGGUGUGGUCAGAAGUCUCCUUCAGACUCUUCCCCAUAAGUCGCCAUUGACUUUUUCAUUACCUUUAGUACCUACCCACUUCUGCUGGGAUAAUCCUACCCAAGAUAAAUUUUCAAAAAAAUUGUCCUAAAUGUUAGUGGGUUUCUGUUUUGGUUUAAGUCUAUUAUUGCAAUAUGGUUUUCUACUGUUUCUACUUGAUGGAAGACUAUUAAGGGUUAAGUAGGCUGGCCUAGGAAGCUGACCACCAUUUAUAACAUACUUUUGAGUGGGAAAAUGCAUUUAGAGGCCUAUAAUCAAUACUCAGGUGGACUUUGGAAAUAUAGCAUUUAUUUUAUGAGUGACUAGAAUAUUGGUAGAACCAUAGAAACUUUGAAUAUGGAGCUGGAAGCCUCCUCCCUCCCUCACUGAGAUCAAUUGAUUAACAAGCUAGAUUGUAGAAACCAAGUGAAAGAGGCCAAAACUUGGCCAAGGGCAUGUAGUUGGUGACUUCUGAAGAUUCUGCUGGGCUGGGGGUGGAGGAGGGGCACAGAUGGUCUCAGAGUUGUCUCACUCAGCAACUCACUGUGUUGGCCUUAGGAAAUACAAGUCACCAUGUUGGGCUGUAAUGGAAAUAGUGAGAAAGCAGCUCAGCUAAUGGCGUGGGGAGAGGUUGUCUAGUUCUCUGGCUUGUCUAAAUUCCUGGCGUGUGCUUGCUGGAGCAGAAUGAAUGGGGCUGCUGUGUUUUACCUGCAGCUAGGAGCAUGGCUGGACUAGUGGAGAUGCUCCCUGACAUCUGUUCUAAAAAUAGCAGUGGGAAUGGAGCUGAGGGGAAGAGGAGGGGGCUCCUUCAGGAGCUGGGUGGGGAGACCUCACCCCCUUCCUCUUCCUGCCAGGCCCAAUGUGCGGAAGUCCCAUGGAGUCACAUAAUUCCAUCUGGGAGGGUCCUGGAGCCAUCAGCUCUCACACCGCCUCCUCAUACAGGCGAGGAGGCCCUGGAGGCCCAGAGAGCAGAAAGCACUGGCUGGUGGCGAACAAACCCAGGGAGAAGGGCCCAGUUGGCAGGCUGUUUUUCCCUGGCUGUUUCAGCACAGUGGCUGCAGGCCUUGUGAGGUUUGCUGUCACUGCCUUUGGGUGCAUAGAGCCUGGGAACUCCUGGGACCGGAUGUGGUCAGGCUUCCUGAGAGUCGCCUGGCAGGCGAGGAGUCCCCGGCUAGCCCAUCCUGAGCCCUGACCUCAGCCAGCCGGCUGUCCAGUGCCACACCUCCUCUUGCUGGUGUCCCCUCCCUUGCUGACUUGUCCUCCUUUCUUUGGACUGUCUGCAGGGAGGGAGGACAAGGACCAGCCUAGAUCUGGCCUGCUGGACAGAGGCCUUAGUAGCUCAGGACCUUUCCCUGCGCCUCCCCAGGAACAGAGGCAGCUGAGGUGGUAGCAGGCUCCUGCAGGUUUAGAGACAGACAGGCCAGGGUUCAAAUCCUAGCUCUUCCUCUCACUAGCCAUGGGAUUACUGGUGGGUCACAGAACAUCUGUAAAAUGAGACAAGAACGCUGAUUUCACUGGAGUCUUGUGAGGAUCAAAGGGGAUCUAUUGUAAUGCCUGGCAUGCAGUAGGUACUUAAUAGUAGCUCUUGUUGCAAAACCAAGCCAUGAACAUGUAUCUGACUUUCUAUAACCCCCUUCCUUGGGGCCUCCACUCAUGGGGCAUGGGAAGUUGUUUUUUUCUUGGUUUGUUUGUUUUAAUGCAGUUGACUUUUGUUGUUGUUGUUGUUGUUGUUGUGUUGUAGCAAAAGUAAUCCAUGUGAUUGAUGUUUAUUAUGAAGAAAACAUUUAAUACAGAUGAACCAGGAACAGGGAAUGAAGUUCAUCCUCAAUCCCAGCACCCAGAGAUAAACCACUGUUAACAUUUUGGAAUGUGUCCUGUCAGGCAUUCAUUUAUACAUACAUAUAUCUUAUUUGCAAAUUGGGGUUACUGGUGCAAUUUUCUAACCUGCUUUUUCUCCCCCAUUUAACAGCAUAGUGUAUCCAUGUUUCCAUUUCAAUAAAUAUUCUUCUACAACAUCA